AUGGCCGCCCUAUCGCGAUCGACGAGGAUAUUUGCCGUAAUCGUCUUUUAUGCCGUCUGCUGCCACGGGAUCACGUUUUGGCAAUGGUUCGGCCUCGAGCCCAACCCUAACGCCCCCACACACCCCAGCACGUAUCCGGAUUUUCAGGAGAUUUCAAAUGAGGACUUUCUGAAGCGCCCACUACGCGACUUUCCGGACCCGGGCAGGGAGACGAUAGAUACCAACGUCAACAUGGAGCCCGACGACGAGGAGUACAGGAUGUGCUACGUUUGCAUGGAUCGCGCGGGUUUGAGGACGGGCCCGUACAACCUGUACCCGUGGGUGUUCACCAAUAUGCGGAUGCCGUUGCCACCGCCUUGUACUGAUGCGCAUGAUACCUGGCAAGUGCUGUGCAAAGGGCCCUGCAUCGCCGCCACUUUCCGCCAGAUGAUGAUGGACGGAACGCACAAAUUCGCAGGAAACCUCCGCGAUUGCGCGGCGAACCUGGGUGUCCGCCCGGAAGUCUUCUCGGAAGACGUCAUCGACCGUAAACUCCCCUGGGGCGUCACCACCGUCAAUCUCGGCUCGGGAUUUCGGGUCCUGGUCAUCUAUUGCCGCGGGGAUUACUGUAAUCUCGACACUGCUAAGCCGCUCCGAAAGGUCCGGAUGCCCUACAAUCGGUUGACGGCAGAGCUGCAGCAGAAUCAGGUGAUCGAGCAGCAAAACGAAACCCAGAACGCCCUGGGGCUGCCCGAGUACCACGAAAACCUUCCCCUCGUCACCAUCUCCUCGGCCUCCACCCUAAAUGUUGCCCUCGUCAUGGUCCUUACCGUACUGCUGUCCCUGCACCUU